AUGAGUGCGGUUGCCGAGACCAGCGGUGGGCCGACGCCUCCGAUCCAGGUGCUCUUCGCCCUCCAUCCUGGUUUCGACACGUUGGACGUCGCCGGUCCCGUCGAGGUUCUCCACACGGCCAGGCACAACCCCGGCGACCCUGCCGGCAAAGCCUUCAACAUUAGGUUUGUCUCGGCCACCGAGCACACGGUCUCGGAGCAAGGUGCAUCCUUCCGCGCGCACAUGGACUUCGAGGAUGCGCACGAGGACCUCAACGACUUCGACGUCCUCAUCGUCCCGGGCGGCGGCACCGACCCCGUGCUCGAGAAGAACGAGGAGCCGAUGAAGCUCAUCAAGGCUUUCGCCGAGCUGCAGCAGAAGGACCUGACCAAAGAGCGCACUCUCAUGUCCGUGUGCACGGGCUCGCUGCUGCUCGCGCAGGCUGGCGUGCUCCAGGGGCUGUCGGCGACAACUCAUCCCGACUACUACACAAAGUUCGAGGUCAUCUGCCAGAAGGCGGCCCAGCAGGGCGACCUCCAGCAGACCAACGUGAUGGAGGAGCGCUACGUGGUCAACAACGCGCGCUUUGAACUGGGCGAGAACGAGGACGAGAACCCCUUCAUUCUCAAGGCGCGCCCGGACGGCCGGCGCAAGAGCAUCGCGCGCAAGGGCAGCAAUGCGUGGAAGGAGGGCCGCCGCCGCGAGAGCAUCGCGCGCCGCUCGAGCCUGCGCCUCGGCGGCCUCCGUGUCAUCACGAGCGGCGGCAUCACGACGGGCUUGGACGCCAGCCUGUAUCUCGUCGGCGCCAUGGUGUCGCACGACUCGGCGAUCGAAGUCGCGCGCGUCAUGCAGUAUGAAUGGAACAAGGGCGUGACGGUUGACGGCAUUGACGUGUGA